GGUGUUUGUCAUCAUCCCUUUCUUCGGUACGCAAUAUCUUCUUUCCUUUUGUCCUUAUCUUCGACAUGAAGCGCGGUGGAAAGUAGCUGUUCCAGUUUUCAUAUUGACGCUUGGAGGAUGAUCCACCGUCAGCUUCUUUUACACCAGGUUUUGGUCUGCUUUGGGUUGACUGGUCAUUAUGCUGAUGCAGCUCUGUAGUAUCAAGAACCUGUACCAGAAUCGCCUUUUAGGCUUGGCAGCCAUGGCCUCUCCAACCCGUAGCAACCAGAGUCGCCAGCGCUGUAAAGAUCGUCACAGCUAUGGCCCAGAUUCCUAUGCUGGCAGCGGUCUGAACCAGGAAGCCUUCAUGUUGGGGUUGUCACGGUCCACCAGUGACACUGAUCUAGUCUCCCCAGACACUCGCUCCACCCUAGCUGUCAGCUCUUCUCACUACACGAUAGGGCAGUCUGAAGACCUUGUGAUCACAUGGGACAUCAAGGAGGAAGUUGAUGCUGGGGACUGGAUUGGAAUGUACCUUGUUGAUGAGACUUUAUCUGAGAACUUUUUGGAUUAUAAGAACCGAGGCAUCAAUGGCUCUCACAAGGGACAAAUAGUCUGGAAAAUUGACUGCAGCUCUCACUUCAGUGACUCUGAGACUUUGAUCUGCUUCAAGUACUACCAUGGUGUUACUGGGGCACUGAGAGCAACCACACCCAGUCUAACCAUCAAAAAGGGAACUGUGCCUGUCCUAAAGCCAGUGGUUAGUCCUGAGGUCAACCAAGGCCAGGGCAACAGGAGACUCAUUAACUUUUCCCUGUCAGACCUCCAAGCAGUUGGUUUAAAGAAGGGGAUGUUCUUCAAUCCAGACCCAUACCUCAAGCUUUCCAUCCAGCCUGGAAAGCACAGCAUCUUCCCCAUGUUGCCACACCAUGGUCAGGAGAAACGCUCUGGCAUUGUCUGCAACACAAUCAACCCGAAAUGGAACUCAGAGAGGUUUAACUUUUUGUCGCUACCCACUGAUGUGCUUGAGAUUGAGGUGAAGGACAAGUUUGCCAAGAGUCGCCCUAUCAUCAAACGCUUCCUGGGGAAGCUGUCUGUUCCUGUCCAGAGGCUGCUGGAAAAACAUGCCAUCGGGGAUCGGAUAAUAAGUUACUCGCUGGGUCGCAGGCUUCCAACGGAUCAUGUGUGUGGUCACCUACAAUUCCGCUUUGAGCUCACCUCCUCAAUUCACCCAGAUGAUGAAGAGGUCUCACUGGUCAUAGAGUCCGCUUGCCCUGAAAGGGGAAUCAACGCGGAUUCCAACAAUGCUGCUAAUGCACCUGAGGCUGAUACUUUAAGUGUGGGACAUGAUACGCCCGACCUCCCGUUUGAUGCCCCUGCUGAUCCUGAGACCCCAGUGCCACCAGCCCCUACAGUUGAGGAAACCCAACACACCGAGACAGUAGAGCUUGAGGCGGCAAUAGAACAAGAUGCUGUGGACGAGGAGAGCACAGUGAGACAAGAUGAGCCUCCUUCUACUGAGUUACAGUGUGUGGAUAGACAAUCAGGUGACUUGCAAGACGAGAACACUGUAGUGGAGGUACAAGAUGGACAAUCAGAGGAGAGGCAGCAGGAGGAUGAAGAGAAUGCCCAGAGAGGAGAAAACAUCCAACAAGCUGAGGAAGGAGUAACAGAAGAAGAUGACAAACCAAAGCUGCCGACUGAUAAUAUUUUAGCUAUAACUGCAGAGGACAUCGAUACAUCCCACGAGGUAGUCGCAGGGACAACCGAAGUAUCACAAAGAACGAGAGAGACUGGUGAAAGUAGCAAUGGUCCUUGUUCCUGCCUCUUCUCAACCUGCAACUCGCAUGGUGUCCCACGCCGCAAAACCCGCCCAUGCUCCUUGCCAGUGUCCGAGUUGGAAAAUGUGAUCGCCUCAGCGUGCGGUGAGCCGGAAACUCCCCGAUCCCACUACAUCCGUAUUCACCACCUUCUCCACAGUCUCCCCUCUGCACAACAUCGGCCACCAAGCCAGGAGGAGGAUGUGGAAGAAGGGGAGAACACGAGCACAACACCAGAUAACACCUCAACAUCACCAACACUUAAAAGCUCCAAAGAUGGAAAAGAGGAAGGCCAAGAAGAUGAUGAUGAGAUGACCCAAUCUCCCAUUCAGGUCCCCGAGUGUCCUGGCCCAUGCUGCUGUCGUUCCCUCCCACGUAGCCUCUCCAUUGAACGGCUCUCUGAACUAAACCAGCUCCUGGAAGGUGAUGGAGGAAGUGGAGUACAUUCAGCAGUUAGAAGAAUCUCUCUCUCAUACCUGGAAAGCGAGGAGGGGGAUUCCAGUAAUGGAGUCAGAAAAGUAAAUAGAAGGAGCAGCCAUCCAGCACGGGGUGAAAACGAGUGCGAGUUCUGUGAUGCCUCCUACUACAGCACUUCCUGCUACAGCACAUCCUGUUACAGUACAUCCUGCUACAGCAAUUCCGGCUAUGAGGGCCGGGGCCGCUUCUGCAGCCACACGCGCCUCUCCUCUGUGGACAGCAACCGGCUUUCCGGCAGUACGGUCUUCUCCUCACAGGAUGAGGAGGAAGACGAGAGCACCUUUGAGUCAGGACCAGAUGCAAACCACUGUCCUGAAGGCCAGGAAGUGGGAGGAGAAAGGAGGAGUGGGAGAUGGCAAGAGGACAGGAGAGAAGAGAAUGGAGAAUCUGCUGGAGCGGAAUCGCAGGACGCUAACAGUACGGGCUCAGGCUUCUCACCUCCCGUUGGCCUUCCUCCAGUACUUCUUCCCAGCCUUGACUUAAACCAUUUUCCUGCUGCCACUGACCAAGCCUUACCUCCAAAUUGGGAAGCUCGAAUAGACAGCCAUGGCAGAGUCUUCUAUGUCGACCAUGUCAAUCGCACCACAACCUGGCAGAGACCGAACCACAGUGGCAAGUGUCACCACGGAAUCCCCCGAUCAGGAUCCAGCCAACAGAUGGAGCAACUCAACCGGAGGUAUCAGAACAUCCAGAGGACCAUGGCCACAGAAGAGGAGGGUGGCAGUCAGCGGUUAGAGCGAGCUCCCAGUGUCGAAACAGACUGUGAUUCUCCUCCAACAGCUACAGGUUCAGCAUCACCUAUCAAUCACCAGAAGAUCAGCCAGCUUCUCCAGUCACCUGCUGUGAAGUUUAUUACACAUCCAGAAUUUUUUACUAUGUUGCACAGUAACUAUUCCGCCUACCGGAUGUUCACAAGCAGCACCUGUGUGAAACACAUGAUUCUCAAGGUGCGCCGUGACGCCAAGAAUUUUGAGCGCUACCAACAUAACCGGGACCUUGUGGUCUUCCUCAACAAAUUUGCAGACACUCAGUUGGAGUUGCCACGGGGCUGGGAGAUCAAGACUGACCCGCAGGGCAAGUCUUUCUUUGUUGAUCACAACAGUCGAGCUACGACCUUCAUUGACCCUCGCAUCCCUCUUCAGAAUGGCCGACUGCCUGGCCACCUCGCCCACAGACAACACUUGCAGAGACUACGCAGCUACAGCGCUGGGGAGGCCUCAGAUGUGUCAAGGAUUCGUGGGGCAUCUUUGAUGGCCAGACCUGCAAACAGCCUGGUCGCUGCCAUACGAAACCAGCAUCAUGCGGACCCACAAUCAACUACUGCAUCAUACAACGACAAGAUUGUGGCAUUCCUUCGACAACCAAACAUAUUUGACAUGUUACAAGAGCGACAACCCAACUUGAACAGAAACCACGCCCUCAGGGAGAAGAUCCACUAUAUCCGGUCUGAAGGUACCCAGGGUGUUGAGAAGCUGUCAUGUGAUGCAGACCUAGUCAUCCUGUUAAGUUUAUUUGAAGAAGAGAUUAUGUCAUAUAUUCCACCUCACCCCAUCCACGCUGGCUUUAGCUUCUCUCCACGCUGCUCCCCUGCAAACUCGCCACAGAACUCCCCUGGCUUGCAGAGAGCUAGGGCGCCAGCCCCGUACCGCAGAGACUUUGAGGCCAAACUCAGAAACUUCUACAGAAAACUCGAAGCAAAAGGCUAUGGCCAAGGACCAGGCAAGAUUAAGCUGUUGAUAAGGCGAGAGCACCUGCUGGAAGGCACCUUCAAUCAAGUGAUGGCAUAUUCUCGCAAAGAGUUACAGAGGAACAAACUUUACGUCACCUUCCUGGGGGAGGAAGGGUUAGAUUACAGUGGCCCAUCCAGAGAGUUUUUCUUCCUUUUGUCUCAGGAGUUGUUUAAUCCAUACUACGGACUGUUUGAAUACUCCGCAAAUGACACCUAUACUGUUCAAAUCAGCCCCAUGUCUGCGUUUGUUGAGAACCAUCUGGAAUGGUUCCGUUUCAGUGGGCGCAUCUUGGGUCUGGCUCUUAUUCAUCAAUACCUCCUGGAUGCUUUCUUCACCAGACCAUUCUACAAGGCCCUGCUCAGGCUGCCAACUGACCUUUCUGAUCUGGAGUACCUGGAUGAGGAGUUCCACCAAUCUUUGCAGUGGAUGAAGGACAAUGACAUCACUGACAUCCUGGACCUCACGUUCACUGUCAAUGAGGAGGUCUUUGGCCAGGUGACAGAACGGGAAUUAAAGUCCGGAGGCUCAAACCUCCAGGUGACCGAGAAGAACAAAAAGGAUUACAUUGAACGAAUGACUAAGUGGAGGGUGGAAAGAGGGGUGGUCCAACAGACUGAGGCGUUAGUCCGAGGCUUCUACGAGGUGGUCGACUCCAGGCUGGUGUCAGUGUUUGAUGCCAGGGAGCUGGAGCUGGUUAUUGCCGGUACUGUGGAGAUUGACCUCAGUGACUGGAGGAGCAAUACCGAGUACAGGGGAGGUUACCAUGACGGCCACAUAGUGAUGCGCUGGUUCUGGGCCGCUGUGGAGCGUUUCAACAAUGAGCAGCGUCUCCGCCUCUUGCAGUUUGUAACUGGGACGUCCAGCGUGCCGUACGAAGGCUUUGCUGCCCUGCGGGGCUCCAAUGGACUGCGACGCUUCUGCAUCGAGAAAUGGGGCAAAGUUACUUCGCUACCAAGGGCCCAUACCUGUUUUAACCGUCUUGACCUGCCCCCAUAUCCUUCGUACACCAUGUUGUACGAGAAACUGCUGACUGCGGUGGAGGAAACCAGCACAUUUGGUCUGGAGUGAGACAACAAAGCAAUUGACGACACAGACGUCAUGUUGGAGCACUCGCUUGGCUGUGAGGAAGAAACACUCACAAGAAACACAGAGCCUGGAUUUUCUGAUUGUGGAGACCUGCUGAACAAAGAUGUUGGCCUACAGUAUGUAAAUGAAUGUUAUGGUACUGUAUAUUAGUAGUCUUGGGGUUUGGGACAGGAAGUAGCCCAUUUGGACAUAUUUGGGCAUUUCCAGUGGAAUCAAUACUGAAAAACAGAUGCAUCAACUAUACACUGGCAGACACUAACACAACUAAUAAUAGCAAACAUUACAUAUAUAUCAAGCUAUUGAUGAAAUUCAUCAGAAAGUCAUCGGAAAGUAUCCAGUAUGCAUCAUGAUUUAAAGGUAAACAACAUUGAUUGGGGUCGUCAUAGACCUCAGUCCUUCACUGACGGUCCCUGGUCACUGGACUUCACUAAUGUGUAGAAUCCAUCCAACAAAUGUAAUGUACUGUAAUGUUUUCUCACUUUUAUUAAUCCCUUAGGUAAUUGUGGUACUCUUUUAAAAUCAAUGUCAAACAAAAGCUGCACAAAUUAAUUUUGCAGAAGCUGUUACAAAAGUAACAAUCAAUUCUAUACAAAUGAGAAAAAGUUCAAAUAUUCUUUAUGAUUGCAGAUAUUUAUCUUCUAUGUUUUAUAAUCUAAAGGUAUAAAUUAUAAGGGUAUUCAAAACUAACAAAAACUAACAAAUGGUUUUCAUUCUCAGGUAGUUUAUUGGCCAGAAACACAGACAUGUACAAACACUGUCCUCUUAUGGACAUGCAUAAUAAUAAUCAUUAAAAUGCUAAAAUACAGCAAUAUGUAACAGUAAAUAUGAUGAAUAAGGUAGGUGCCAAAGAAAGAAUCACAACUGACAUUGAAUCUGGAUGAAUGAAUGUUGGGGUGACCACUGCAAGUUUACAAUCAAACCCUAACUACAGUCUAUGUAGUCAAUAAAAACAUCUUCUGGCGCGACCAAAAUUACAAUACAGUCGUCCCUCACCACAUCGUGGUUCAAACGCCACAACCUCACUCUGUCACAAUUAAUUAAUAAAUGCUUGCUGUUUCGUGAUUAGUAAAAAGGAAUUCAUAUUAAAGAAAAUGGUAUGUCUUGUUUGCCUAAAUUAAGCAUAAAAAUGGCUAAAUAAAAGAAAGUAGAAAUGUAAACCACUCAGAGAACAUGAUAUGAAGUGUAACACGGUCGCUGACUUGUUGCGUACCCCUUUAAGAAACGGUCUGGGAAUUAGCUUUCAAUGCUAACGUGUGAGACUAAUCUUAUUUACGUCUAAAAUGGCUUAUUUUCUAUUAUUAUUUCUACUAUAUUGGGUAGAAAUGGGGGGGUGUGUGACUGUAUAUAAAAGAAAAAGAAUGAAGCCAUUUUCUCUCGUUAUGCAAUAUCAGUAAGUUUAGAAAAGAUUGUUCAGAUAAUCAGCAACAACAAAUCCCAAGAAAGUAAAAACACAACUAAUCAUAACCCAAAAUACGGACCCUAACUGUAAUGUAACCUCGAACCUCCACCCUAACCCACAUAAGAAAUCAUGGAAAUAGAAACUAUGUGUGACUGUUGCCAACGGUCAAUAAGUGUAAAAUGAAGGCAACCAAUCAUGUUAAAUGUCAAAGACGAGGCUCACUUUGUUGUCUACAUUCCAACUGUCUUUUAUUUAUUAUUCAAUUUAUUCUUCCCGCCGCCCCAAAAUGUGGUUGAACUCAGCGAUGUACGACGUCCAGGUUUUAGAAGACCACUGUAGACUGCAGAGGCUCCACAGUCUGCAGUAUUUGACUCGUGGCUUUAGUUCUCAUUGUCAACACAGUCAAAUGUUUCAUAGUAACAAGAAAGAAUUGCCAAGGUUCACCAAUGUCCACCAGUCCAAAAUCUACGGGAUCUUCAAGCAUGGAGUGCUACUAAACAUCUCUGGUCCUGCUGUGUUGCAACACAGUCAGCUUGCACUGUAAUCCUCAUAGUGGGUAGCUUCUGGGGAACACUGACGCUCAAACCACAUGAUAGGUCUAGUCUUUCAGAAGUUACAACCAAAGUUUAUUGAUCUAGGGCAGGGGUGGGCAAAUAUUUGGACUCGAGGGCCGCAUUGAGUUAACAAAAUUGUCUGGGGGGCCAGAACAUAUAUUUAACACACACACACUAUUUUAUGCUUAUCAUUUUCCUUGAAUUAUUUGUCUAAUUUUAUCUGUAAAAGUGUUAUCCUAUAUCAGUUGUAUGUUCUCAUGUCCCUUUUUUAGGAGCACUUUAAACAUCACACCACAUCAAACUAUGUCAUUUAAUUUUACAGUUUUGUUGUUUAUUUUUUAGGGUCUAGUCUUUCAGAAGUUACAACCAAAGUUUAUUGAUCUAGGGCAGGGGUGGGCAAAUAUUUGGACUCGAGGGCCGCAUUGAGUUAACAAAAUUGUCUGGGGGGCCAGAACAUAUAUUUAACACACACACACUAUUUUAUGCUUAUCAUUUUACUUGAAUUAUUUGUCUAAUUUUAUCUGUAAAAGUGUUAUCCUAUAUCAGUUGUAUGUUCUCAUGUCCCUUUUUUAGGAGCACUUUAAACAUCACACCACAUCAAACUAUGUCAUUUAAUUUUACAGUUUUGUUGUUUAUUUUUUACUAAAUCAGACAUCCGACUUGCAAGUCAUGUUGCCAGUUUGUAUGUUAAAAGUUGAAGUUACUUAGAAAGCAACUGGCGGGCCGGAUUCAAACGCUUGGUGGGCCGCAUGUGGCCCCCGGGCCGUAGUUUGCCCACCCCUGAUCUAGGGUCUUUUAGGGUUUUGUGUGUAGGGUUGGGGUUCUGGUCUUACGUACAAAUGGGCUUUGAGCCAACAUAUGCAACCUCUGUCUCCAUCUGUGCUUCUCUAAAUAAACUAUGCCUCAAUUAUGGAAGCUGACUGAAAAGCAGUAACAAUGGUUACAAUGAUAUGCAAUACUGUUAUCAAAACAAUUGCUGGUAUUCUACUACAGAAACCAGGUACACUGUAGGUACACUGUAGGUACACUGUACGCACACUGUACGCUGCGCCAAAACAGUCCAUUCGUACUGUAAUGGCUGUUGCUUCUCUUCAGCCUUUCUUCCUGGUUCUUCGGACGGCGUUGCUAUCAGAGAAUUAUAGUCAAAGAUCACACAAUUGAAAAGGUUUUCAAUUUCUAUUAAAAAUGAGAGCAAUAUACCGUAUUUUCCGGACUAUAAGUCACAUUUUUUUUUCAUAGGUUGGCUGUCCCUGUGACUUAUACUCCAGAGCGACUUAUAAAUGAAAAAACUGUUUAUGUUACAUAAACACUGGACACCUUUUCUGUUCAUGUUUAUUUUUCGUGUAGCUGAAUAAGCAUUGUGUUAGCAUAUCUCAUUCAACCUGUUCUCUAUUCUUUUAUUGUUAGAACUUGCCUUCCAAGGGGACGAAUAUCUGUGUUGGUCAAGUAGUUAAAAUGAAUUACCCGCAAAAAGUGUGACUUAUACUCCAGUGCGACUUAUGUAUAUAUUUUUUUCUACAUAAUUAUGCAUUUUUGGUCUUGUGUGACUUAUACUCUGGAGCGACUUAUAGUCCAGAAAAUACAGUAUUUACGUUAAUAUCAAUGAAGAUUGGCCCCUCUAGAAAGUGAAAGUGAAGCUUCUGUGCGCCUCUUGUCCCAGUAUUUUUCCAUGAGGUCAUAUAUAAGAUGCUACACACUAAUGAGCUAGCAGAAUGUAAAGGUGUACAAUACCAACUAAUGGCAACUAAUGGUAACCAUUGUUUCAAUUGACUCUCCGUCCUCGCUGUUCACGUCCCCCAGUGAGCCUUGCCAUACAGGACGAAUUGGCUCUGAUGCCCCGAUUCUACCAGCUCCUUCCCAGUAAAGAAUUGACUUGUCUUUAUAUGAGGACGCACGUCAUGGGUUUGGAUUGCUUUGGUUCUCCAUCAACUGUUCUCCAGGACGUCCCAUUAGAGGUUUCUUUCAUGUAGAAUUGAAGAGACGAACAAUAAUAAGAGGGACUGAUAUUGCUGCAAUUAAUCAAAUCUUGUGAUAUAUAUUUGUACUGCAUGGUGACUCCAUUUGAUUGACAUUUGAGGCAUAUUUCGGGGUGAAACGCCUGUGACGUUGGACUCGGGAGGUUCCACUGUUUUCCGUCAACCGCUACUCAGGUCAAUGCAACUGUAUUGGAAGCAUUGUGAAAACCAUGAAGUUUUAGGGGGUCAAACGUAUUUAAAUUGACUGUGCACUGUGCUAUCCUUGUUUCAUGGCAACAUAUCAGCGGUACAGUCCAAUAAUGCAACAUGUAGUCAUACUAGCAACCACACAGAGAACACUACAGUGCACUACAGUGCUUUGCAGUGCUGAGGCUGAAAUGACACAAAAUACACAAAGGGAAGGGUGGAUUAUGUUGCAAAUUUCGAUCUUUUUUGCAAAAAUGUUUUGUACUGUUAUUUAUAUGGUAUUGUAUUUAUAAUUAUUAUGUUAAUUUUUACUUUCUUCACAAUCUUUUUAUCAUAAGAGCUUGCCUUCAUUUUGGAAACCUUUGCAUUUUGAUAUUUAUGUCUUUUAUAUUAUUAAGGUAGCUCACUUGUUAUCCGUUACAGCAAAUCAGCUCAUUUGGUGCAUUUUGUUCUCUCUCUUUUUGCUCUUUUAACAUCUGAUGGUUGUUUCAAUGCUGCAUGUAACAAGACAUCUGUGACAGGAUCUUCUAAAACCUUCAUUGAACACUGGUCUGUAAGGGUGGGGGGAAUAAUACUUCAUGAACACGUUUUGCAUAUCACCUUUUCAUAUCACCAUUUCAGACCACAGUACUGGGCGCUCCUGGUGGUAAACUCAAUUCCUUUUACUGGUUCAAGUUCUUAUUAGUCACACAUGGUAGUGAAUCGGUUACUCGCUUCAUUCGUCACAAAGCGCAUGCGUAGAAACUCACAGACUGGCAACCAAGCAGUAGAUGUGACGAGCACCUAUGAGUUAGUAAAAAUUGAGUCUUUGUUGUGGAAUCGUGAGUCAGUGUAAUGUGAGUCUUCGUCGAGUACCCGUCAGUCAGUGAAGUUUGAGGUCCGGACUGUCUGUCCAACCAGCUGAAGAGCCAGAAAUGAUCCAUUCCAACCUUUACGGGUUUUUGUUUGUCGUUUCUUUGGUCUCUUUCAACAGUCAAUGAAAUUCAAGUCUUUUGAGUACCGGUGAGCCAGCGAAACCAGAGUCUUUGUUUAGUACCUGUGAGUCAGUGAAAGUCAAGUCUUCAUCGACCACCCGUACGACACAGAAACUCAAGUGUUGCGUCACCCGUGAGUCUGUAAAACUCUAGACAUGAUCAAGCACCCUGGAGUUGGUGAAAGUCAAAAACUCGAGUGUUUGGGCACCCGUGGGUUAGUGAAGCUUGAGUCUUCGUCAAGUAGCCGGGGGUCAGUGUAGCUGGAGUGUUUAUUGAGUACCCGUUUAGUUGAUGAAACUGGAGUCUGUCGAGCACACAUGAGUCAGUCAAAUUUUAGUCUUUGGGCACCUUUGAGUCAGUGGAACUCGAGUCUUCAUCGAGCACUCUGAGGUCAGUGAAACUUGCUAGACUUGCUGUAGCAGAGAGUUAGUCUUCAUUGAGCACUUAUUAGUCAGUGAAACUUCAGUCUUUGCAUACCCUGAGUCAGUGAAACUCGAGUCUUCCUGGUGUAACAAUCAGUCAGUGAAACUCGAGUCUUCGUGUCACCCUCAGUGGUGCAGCACGGGUAGGAAGGAGAAAGGAGAGUUGAUUUCAUUCACAAAUGCAGUCAGCGUAACAGUCGCAAAAUUGAUUCACGUUUCCUUCCCUAGCGGUGUGUUAGUGAACAAGUUAGUGACAGGAUCUUCUGAAACACAAGAUACAAGUAUCCUCGAGUUCCCAUUCAGUGUAAAAAAAAAAAAAAAAACCUCUUGAGGUUUGAACGACUCGUUCAUGACUACAUCCCGACUCGGAACGUGUGUUGGUGUUGUUAUGGUAACUGAUGAAAUCAAUCAGUUGUAAUCAAGAAGGAAACGUAACUGAUGUUUGGAACCAUGCCAUCAGUCAUUUCUUAAAACAAAAGACGAGUGUAACAACCUUGAUCUCACUUGGUUCGCCAUUCCAAGAGACAAAAUAUGAUUCUUCUGCCACUAAAACUCACUGGAUAAGCAGCAUUGAUUUACACAGUAGCAUAUGUAAAUAUUCACAUUAAUUCAAGUCUCCCCUUCACUUUGAUAACAAUACCGUCCAUGUAGACAUUGGAGAUGGAGAUUCAUUGAUUUUGGAUAUUUGUUUGUUUGUUUUUUUGUUCAUAUGGGUUCAUAAAGUAAUGUGACGGGUUUUGAUGUUACAAACGGUACAGAUUGCUAACUGGAAUACUGAAGCAUGCAUUUUUAUUGCAGUGUUUUGUGUGGAUUAUUCACAUAUUGUAUGUCAAUCAUGUUAACGUUGUGACAGACACGUCAAUGCUCAGGCAGUCCGUCAAAUAUCAUCACACAAAAUGUCUGUAAACCUCAACAAGUAGACUUUGUUUAUUUGCUGACAUUGAGUAUGAAGUUAAAGCAGUGUUUCGCACUGUGGUCAUUAAAAUUAAAUAAUUUAUGGAGAAAAAAUUGGUUGUAUUCUUUUAUGCGUAGUGUGUCCUCACAAGCUGGAGAAUGCAGCAGGGUUCUAAAUGUAGUUGCAGCUGAUAAUUGUGGUUUUUUUUCAAGUAAUCAGAUAUACAUAUACACAUACAUAUAUGUUAGGGUUAAACCCAAAACAUUAUCACCAACUUCACCAACUGUGAAAGAAGACACAAAGACGUGAGAUAUAGGCUUGCAAGGAGAGUGAUCAGAGACUGUUCAGUAACAUUCAUCCAACCUACUCUGAAAACAGUCUCUGCUCUCCUUCUUUUUAUUAAUUAGAGUUUAGGUGUGCCCUAUUACAUAGGUCUCAAUCGUCUAAGGGAGGGGGAACAGUUCACACGGUUGAGACUGGUUUCAACAUCAAGCAUAUUUUGAGAAAGCAAAAACAGAUAGGCUUAUUUUGAGAAAGCAGAAUGUCUCAAGGAGACAUCCUGUUAUUGAGUGUCUAAAGGAAUGUGAUGAGUUAUGCAAGCGUGUGAUCUAUGUGCAUGUAAUAGUAACUUGGAUAAUAUGAAGAAUGUGAUUACAUGAUAUUAACUUGGAUAAUAUGAAACAAGCUUAUUGAAUGUGAGUACAUGAUAUAUACAGUUUUAUUCCAACAAUAUAUCAGACAUAUUUUUGUUUGUUUAAAGAGCAAUUAUAACAAUAACAAUAAAAUGUAAACCUCCACUCCUGCGGGUCGAAAGCUGACUGGUUCCUGCCAGCUUGUGACUGUCAAAUACCUAA